UCCAGAUCACCAGCCUCUUCAUCCCCAGGACCCAGACACCCAGUACUCACCUCCAUGGAGCUCUGUCGGUCCCUGGCCCUACUCACUGGCUCCCUGGGCCUGGUGUCCAUCCUGAUUGCUCUGAGCACGGAUUUCUGGUUUGUGGCUAAGGGGCCCAGGUUUUCAUUUCACUCGGGGCUCUGGCCAAAGGAGUUUCACACCGAGGUACCAGCAGACUACAUCCGUGCGACGCAGAGCCUCAGCAUUCUGGCCACCCUGUGGGGACUGGUGUCGGUGAUCUUCCUGAUCACGUCCUGCAUCCCCUCACUGUCCAUUCGAGGCUACGGGCCCCUCGUCUCUUCUACCAUGGCUUUUGCUGCAGCCAUUUUUGCAGUGGUGGCCAUGGUGGUCUACACCAGCGAGCGGUGGAACCAGCCUCAACACCCCCAGAUCCAGACCUUCUUCUCCUGGUCCUUCUACCUGGGCUGGGUUUCAGCUGUCCUCUUGCUCUGUACAGGUAGCCUGAGUCUGGGGGCUUACUGUAGUGGCCCCCGGCCUGGCUAUGAUGCCUUGUGA